AUGAAGAAGCACUUGGGAGCCGUGGGUGCUCUCUCCAAGCAGUAUUGGCAGUACCUGGCGUGCAAGGUGUGGCAAGAGGGCUGCGAAGAGGAGGAGGAGGAGGAGGAGGAAGAGAAAGAGCCCAGCCCCGGCCCAGGCUGGAGCUUGCCUCUCGUGGGCCAGGAUUACCUGGAGAUCCUCUCCACCUGGUACUGCAGCUUCGGCAAGUGCUGCAAGACAGGAGACUGCAGGAUAGUCAACAAUAUCACAGGGCUAGAAGCAGACCUCAACGGGCAGCUCCAUGGCCAGCACUUGGCCAAAGAAGUCAUCAUCCGGGCGGUGCAAGGGUUCCUGCAGAGCCCUCAGUCACAGAAGGCUCUGGUCCUCUCCUUCCACGGCUGGUCCGGCACGGGCAAGAACUUUGUGGCCCGGAUGCUGGCCAGUCACCUGUACCGGGAUGGGCUGAAGAGCGAGUGUGUCAGGGUGUUCAUCUCACUCUUCCACUUCCCCCAUCACAAGUACGUGGACUCGUACAAGGCUCAGCUGAAGAAGCAGAUAAGCGAGACUGUGCAGCUCUGCAAGCAGUCCCUGUUCAUCUUUGAUGAGGCAGAGAAACUUCAUUUCGGCCUCCUGGAUGCCAUCAAGCCUUUCAUGGCUCGCUAUGACGACAAGGGCAAGGUGGAUUACCGGAGAUCCAUCUUCCUCUUCCUCAGCAACCUCGGCGGCAACACCAUCAACGAGGUAGCCCUGGACUUCUGGCGAGCUGGCCGGGCGCGGGAGGAGAUCUCCAUGGAGUUCCUAUGCCACUUCUCAGAUGAAGCUUCUGAAGGUAUUUUUGUCUUGUUUUUUGCUACAGAGAACGGUUAUGCCCGCAGCCACCUCCUCAACGAGAACCUCAUUGAUUUCUUCGUGCCGUUCCUGCCCCUGGAGUACCACCACGUGAAGCUCUGCGCACGGGAUGCUUUCCUGGCCCGUGGACUUCCAUACACCGAGGCAGCCCUUGACGAGGUGGCCAGGAUGAUGGUGUUUGUCCCCAAAGAGGAGAAGCUUUUCUCUGCACAGGGCUGUAAAUCUGUAUCCCAGCGCAUCAACUACUUCCUUCCUUGAACACCAGGUGGGACUAGGCCAGUGGUGAAGGUGGUUCUGCACACCAGGAGCUGCUCUCCUUGCCGAAAGGGCAGGAAAGCAGGUUACCCAGCCAGGCACUUGCAUGGGGACGGAGACUUAACCCCUCGUUAUUCUGAGGGCUCUUUGCAGGGACGGAGGAG